AUCAAGUGCAAACAUGUCUUGUACUUAGAUUAAGUUAAAUACUAAAUCACACUAAUUUAGUGUGAGUUGGUAUUUAACUUUAUCUAAGAACAACUAAGUUGUUAACUUAUUUUCUGGUAGGUUGUGCUAAAAAAUAUUCACUUUCAAAAGUAAUAUGGAUCAAAAUCUAACUUGCAAAGCAAACUUAAGCACUAAAGAUAAUGUUACUACAUCCAGUUUUGUAGAGAGAAACAGUGUACCAUCUGUUUUAUGUGGAAUAGGUGUUAACGAAUUUGAAAAACCUGAUUGCAAUCAUUCCUUUAGUUAUCAUAACAAAUUAAUAACGACAUCUGAAAAUAAAAUGGGUACUCUUGAUGGUUUGGUUUUUUCAAGUAAUAAUUUUUCAAAUACAUUAGUAAUACCGAGUCCAAUAUUACCAUCAUCAAACAAAGGAAAUUAUUUCUGUGUUUCAACAGAAAAAGAAGUGGAAGACAUAAUUCGUAUCCAUACUCAAGACACAUAUUCACACUUUGUUGUUGCAAAGAAAACAAAGGCAUAUGGUUCUACUGUCUCUUCCAUUGACAUUACCUCAAAGUUUCGAAUACAUUGGCAGUCUCGUGAUCUAACUAGUACAGAAGAAUGUGCUGUGCAAAUUCCAUUCCAGGGUGUACCAUUUAUUUAUAUUGGUGAGAAAGCAUAUAUGUGUCACUUAGGAAGAAGCAAAACAAGGUUAAAAGAUGCUCCACAUAUUAAUGAGAAUAUGCCAAAAAAGCACAGAUCAAGGAUGACCAAAAAACUAGGUUGCUCUGCUAAAAUAUUUGUGAAACAGAUAGCAAAGUUUCCUCAAUUUAAGAUUUCACAUAAUUCUGAGUAUUUACGUACACAAAGUUCCCAAAAGCUGAGGAAUGCCUUACAGACUAGUGAGGGUAAGCUCAGCCAUAUUAUAGAAUACAUUGGAACACUUCCUGACAUUUCUGAACAUAGCAAUCAUGAAAUUGGGGAGAAUACUGUUGUUAAAGAACCAAUUGAUCCACUAAUAAAGGAAAAAAUUAUGGAGCUAACAUGGAUUUAUGGUGAACAAUCAUUGUUAUCUAUUAAAAGUGAUUUAGAGGAUUAUGUAAAAAAUUUAUUUCAAGAUAGCAAUCCUCCUUUGAAAAAUCGUAGACGUUAUUAUCCCAAUGAUAAAGAUGUUGCUAAUUAUUUGUAUAAGUUUCGUUUGUUUAACAAACUAACAUCACAAGAUGUUGUUCAACUUAAUCAAUUAGUUAGUACUUUGAAGGAAAAUCAUGAUGAGCGAUUAUUUUAUUUGAAUAUUGAGGAAGAUCUAGAACUGAGUUCAAACAUUGAAUCAAAAAACAUAUUUGUUUUUCAAACUACUGAUCAACAAAGGCUCCUAGAAAGGUAUGGCAGACAAGUAAUAUUUGUGGAAGUUACAAGCAAGUAUCAGUACAUUCCUUUUCCUUUAUUUGCUUUAUAUGUAGCAACAAAUGUAGAUUACCAGCUUGUAUUUUUAUUUUUAAUCCCAUCACAUUCACAAUCAGGCAUUAGGUGUGGCUUAAAAAAAGCUUUAGAAUGGAAUUCGCAAUGGAAUCCAAAGUAUUUUGUUUUGGAUUGUUGUGAAGAAUAUGUUUCUAUUAUUGAAGAAAUGUUUAAUGAUAGUUUUGUAUAUUUAUCUGAAGCUACAUGUAUAUCUGCAUGGAAGUCUUGGUUAAAUGACUUUAUGCACUCAAAUUGUAUUGAAAAAGAAGAAAAUUUAUUGGACAGAUUUGUUUCUAUUGCUCGGUCAUUUAAUGAAGAAACUUUGCAAGAAUCAGCUCAAAAGCUUGAAAAAAGUGACACAUGGAAAUGUUCAGAUGACUUGAGAAAUUGGUUUUCGACAAAAUGGUUGGCUGAAGCAAAACGCUGGGUGGUUGGAUACAGGCAUGAUCAAUUCAUUCCAACACAUCAUUUGGAAGCAAAUCUUUAUAAUGAUAUCUCUAUGCUGUGUGACAUGCAUUUCAAUUUUAUUAAAAAUAGAAAACUGCACAACUUAAUAAAUCAUUUAGUUGAUUCCUAUGUUCCAGAAGCUUAUAGAAGAUAUAUUGAUACCAACAUAGCAGAUUACGAAAAACAUAUUCUACUUACAAAAGCAGAUAGCACACCUUCGUUUUUACAAAAUAGACCGGUAACUGUAUGCUCUCAUAUUAUUCAAAGAAUAAGCAAUGAUAAUUCUUGUUCAGUAGCUCAAAUUCAAACCGGAGUGUUUAUGGUACUUAAUAAAGAAAACCAUGAUAAAUCGUACCAUGUGUCAUUUGGAGACAGUUCAUCUUUUCCUUCGUGUACUUGUGACGAUUGGUUUUGGUAUAAAUUACCUUGUAAACAUAUUUUAAGUGUUUUUGAAACACUAAAUGGACAAGGUUGGGAUAUGCUACCCUCAGUUUAUACAGGAAGUCCGUUAUAUAACUAUGACUUUUCUUGUUUUGAUAAAAACUGUGAAAAUUCGUUAACUCUCGAUAAGAGUGUGGACUGCUCCAAUAUUAAUUCAUCCGAAACGAAUAAAGUUUCAACAAAUUAUACAGUCGCGUCUACGCAUUUAAAUUUCGAUGACGAAUACAAAAAUAAACUGAUUUCUAAUUGUAAAACGAUAAUAGAAACAUUGUCUUCUGCAUUAUUUCAAGUAAAUCACAAUGUGUUGCAAAAAGUUCAGUUAGAUCUGCAAAUAAUAAUGAACUAUAUAAAUCAAGAAAAAUCCGAGCCAUCAUUGGUUGAUAGUCCUAAAAAAAGACAAUCUAGUUCACCUCAACCAGAAAAAUACAAAAGAUAUAAAAAUAAUACUGUAUUACACGAAAAUAAAGUGGAAAGUUUAAAUGUUUGCGUAAACAAUUUGUUAGAGUCACCUAAUAGUGAUUGGAUUGCUGACAAUGAACGUAAUAUUAAGCUGUCUCGUCAAGAUCGAAAUAAAAUUUUAUCUAACUUCCCAAUAACGGUUGAUGUAAUUGAAUGUUCACAAACUAUUUUAAAGUGUCAAUUUAACAAUGUGUUUGGUCUUUACAACUCAAAAAAGUUGUCUCAAAUCGCCGAUGAAAUUUUUGAUUAUGAUAAAACUAAACGUAUUCUUCAAAUCCAUUUUGCUGGUAACGGACAUUGGGCUGCGUCUGGAAAGAUUGGUAAUGGAAUUUAUAUAUUUUGCUGUGAACAUUGUGAUAAAUCUAAAAUUAAAAAACAACUUAUCAGACUUACUUUACAAGACAUUGAAAAAAGUAUUAUUUUUGUAGAAAGAUCUGAUGAUGAAAAGUUAUAUCAAUGUGGCAUGUAUGCUAUUGCCUAUUGCGUUUCGAUGGCUUUAGGCGUUGAUCCUCGAAAUAUUAAUUUUGUUGAGCAGGAGAUGAGAUUGCAUUUAGUAGAAUAUUUAGAAAAUAUGUGUUUUUCAAUGUUUCCUUUUAAUGAUGCAUAAAUUAUUCUUGAGUUUUAAAUAAAUUUAUUAAUAAAAUACAAAGUUA